AAAAAAUCAGCCCUCUGCUGCUAUACUCUGAUUACACACACACAUACACACACAAUUCAGUUUUGUUUUUUUGUUUUUUUUCUCUUUUUUUCAUAAAUAAUAUAUAUUUUUAAAAUUUUUAAAUAAUAAAUUAUAAAAAAAUAUAUAGUAAAUUGAUGGCGAUAAGAUUCAAUCCGCCGGUGACGACGAUGCAAUCGGGAACAUUUACGUUUCGGAAAACAGCUAAUCUCAGAUCUCCUAAAUUCUCCAUGGCUUCAACCAUAGGUUCCUCCGCCCCUAAGGUUGAAACUACCAAAAAGCCCUUUACCCCUCCACGAGAAGUUCAUGUUCAGGUGACACACUCUAUGCCACCACAGAAGAUGGAAAUAUUUAAAUCCAUAGAGGGUUGGGCUGAGCAGAAUAUACUGACUCACCUAAAGCCAGUCCAGAAAUGUUGGCAACCCCAAGACUUCUUGCCAGAUCCUGCAUCUGAUGGUUUUAUCGAUCAAGUGAAGGAACUAAGAGAGAGGGCAAAGGAGCUUCCUGAUGAUUACUUUGUUGUUUUGGUUGGAGAUAUGGUUACAGAGGAAGCCCUACCUACAUACCAAACUAUGCUUAAUACUCUAGAUGGUGUUCGGGAUGAAACAGGGGCUAGCCUUACACCUUGGGCUGUGUGGACACGGGCUUGGACUGCUGAGGAGAACAGGCAUGGUGACCUUCUCCACCAGUAUCUAUAUCUUUGUGGACGGGUUGAUAUGAGGCAGAUUGAUGUGACAACACAAUAUCUAAUUGGCUCUGGAAUGGAUCCUCGUACGGAAAACAAUCCCUACCUUGGGUUUAUCUACACAUCUUUUCAAGAACGUGCCACCUUUAUCUCCCAUGGGAACACUGCCAGGCAUGCUAAGGAGCAUGGGGAUUUAAAACUGGCUCAAAUUUGUGGUAUAAUUGCAGCUGAUGAGAAAAGGCACGAAACUGCCUACACAAAAAUAGUAGAGAAGUUAUUUGAGAUCGACCCUGAUGGUACCGUUCUUGCUUUUGCUGACAUGAUGAGGAAGAAGAUUUCCAUGCCCGCCCACUUGAUGUAUGAUGGCCGUGAUGACCACCUCUUUGAUCAUUUCUCAGCUGUUGCCCAAAGACUGGGUGUCUACACUGCCAAAGACUACGCAGACAUUUUAGAAUUCCUGGUGGGUCGGUGGAAAGUGGCAGAUUUAAACGGGCUAUCUGGUGAAGGGCGUAAAGCACAAGAAUAUGUUUGCGGGUUGCCCUCAAGAAUCAGAAGGCUUGAGGAGAGGGCUUCAGCUAGGGCAAAAGAAGGCCCGACCAUAUCUUUCAGCUGGAUUUUUGAUAGACAAGUGAAGCUCUGAAAAUUGCAGUAAGUUUAAGUUUCUGUUCCUUUUUAAUGAGUAGAUGUCAAAACUUAUAUUAGAUAUCUGUUUGGUGUAGUGUUGUUAUGUGUCCUUUUUUUUCUAUUGAAUUUGAAAUGUUAUGUGAGUUUGCGUGUUUGUAACUUGUAUGGCUGUUGGACAUAUUAUAGAACUUGUUAUGCCAAUUUUGAUGAUGAUGAUGAUGAUGAUGA